GAACUCAAAGAGAGCGCGUGCUGGUUAUCCCACAUGAUGUGUGUGCAUGCUAGAGUUUAGCAGGAGUGUUAAAGGCGUGAAGAGUAAGUUAAACACAAGGGGACUGAAAGGUGAAACGUACGAGAUCGCUUCUACAUAUAAGUAAUAUUCUAUAGGAUCUUGUGUGUGUGUGUUUUUUUGAGCGGAUCGCCCACAGGGGUUACACAACUAAUUAUACAGUACAACAUAUAAUAUCCUUCAUUAUCUGUUAUUGGUGCUAAGGGGACAAGACCGGUUACCAAAAGUGUGAGACUUGUAAAUUAUCUUAUUUCACCAAGUUCCUGAAAAACGGCCAAAAUUCCAACUGCAAAUAUUUCACCCUCUAAAGCAGACGAGGCAGUCGACAUGGGCGAGGCACAGCCGCUCAGAAAGCAGCGAGUGUCAACUUGUGUCGGCUGCGGGUCCCAAAUCAAUGAUCAAUACAUUCUCCGAGUAGCACCGGACCUAGAGUGGCACGCAGCUUGUCUCAAGUGUGCUGACUGUCAUCAGUUUUUGGACGAGACCUGCACGUGCUUCGUUAGAGACGGCAAGACUUACUGUAAGAGAGACUACGUUAGGUUAUUUGGAGCUAAGUGCGCCAAGUGUAAUACAGGAUUCAGCAAGGAUAACUUUGUGAUGCGAGCCAAGAACAAGAUUUAUCACAUUGAAUGUUUUCAGUGUAUGGCGUGUUCUAGACAGUUAGUUCCAGGAGAUGAAUUCGCCCUCAGAGACGAUGGACUUUUUUGCAAGGCUGACCACGAAGUUUUAGAGAAAGCCAUUAAUAACAACAAAGGUACACUAGCCAAUGGAAAAGGAAACAACAGUAGUGCUAAUGAUAGCAUUGGGUUACAAAUGGCAGCUAACGCCGAGCCGAUGCAGACUAACCGAAAUAGAGGUUCCGUCAGGCCGCAAGUCCACAAACAAAACUCGGACAUUAAGUCAACUCGAGUGCGGACCGUGCUAAACGAGAAGCAGCUUCAUACAUUACGCACAUGCUACGCAGCCAACCCGCGGCCUGACGCGCUGAUGAAGGAACAGCUUGUGGAGAUGACGGGUUUGUCUCCCAGGGUGGUUCGGGUGUGGUUCCAGAACAAGAGAUGUAAGGAUAAGAAGAAAAGCAUCUUGAUAAAACAGAUGCAGCAGCAGGAUAAGUUUGUGAUCCUCUCCAUGUCUGACUCCGACUGUUCACCACAGCAUUCCCCGGUAGGGCACAGUGCACUUUCUAUAUUUCGGGCCACCAAUCGGGAAGGCUAUUGGGAGGGCCGACAGGUUAGUCUUGGCACCAUGCGUGGAGUUCCAAUGGUAGCCUCGAGCCCAGUGCGACACGAGAGCCCUUUACAGGUGAACCCAAUUGAAGUUCAAACCUACCACCCACCUUGGAAAACUUUGGCGGAGUAUGCCAUGCAACCGGUUAUUGACCCCCAUACACCACAUUUUCAGCAGCUGGUUAAUCAGAUGCACGGUUACGGUGGCGACCCACAUAACGACCCGAGCCAGCAGGUUCCCGUCACCACCAUGGCGCCGCCUGUUACUGCAAUGCCUCCGCCUUACCUUGGGCCCGGAGAGGAUCCAUUGCACACAACGCAUCUGCCACCAACUCCUUCCGAGCUAUCCAGUCCCAAUAGUGAAUGAUAAGGUGCCGAACAGCAUUUUGAAAGUCGUUAGAAAGUGUUCGUUUGAUAUAUACCAACAUCAGUACAUUGUGACAUAACGGCCAUUGCAAGAAACUGAAAAUAUAACUGUGCUGAAUUAAUAAAGAACUAUUUUUCACUUAAUUGUGCAAUGUAAACAAAACUGAAGAGAAAUGUGGAUGACAUUUCAAGUUGUGAAAUCGAAGGUAGUCAAAGUGUCAAGUUUUUCUAACAGGAAGAGGAAUUAGAAACAGGAUACGGAGAGAUUUAUACAGAAGACAAAGUCCGUCAUAUUUCUAAGUAGAAGAAGGUUAAGUGUGAAUGAACUGCAUUUGUGCUCAAGUCUCGGAAAAAUUACACGAGAUCCGGCACAUACAACGUAGAGUAAGAUAAUGUACAUAUAUAUUUCUUUAAAUUGUAAAUACAAAAUAUCCAUGUUGUUUUCGUGGCUGUAAAUUACGUAGUAUAUCAUUAAAAAACCCUCUGGAGAAGUAGUAAUGACUAUAUACAUAUGAAAGAGAAAUCAAUACACUGUCUACUGACAGAAAAGAAAGAAACAUUGUGUGCAUGUGUUACACAUGGAUCGUGUUUUAACACCGAAGUAAAACUGAAAACCACAUUCACAAGUUGAAACUGUUACUAUGUCAUGUGUCCUGAAUAAUUCUCCAUUAGGAUCACCAUAACACUAUAUAUAUAUACAUAUAUAUCGAUGUCUCCUUUGUGUAGACAAACAUUGAUUAAUGCCUUAGGUUCCAUUAUUUGUGUUGCAACAAAAGAUAUGUUUGCUUUUACCACAAACUGUGCUUAUUUUUGAAAAAAGAAAUCAUUCCCCACAGUUCAAAGGUCAGCAAUAUCUCAGGAAAAAGAACAGAACAGAAGAGAAUAUUCAGGUUUUACCAAGUUUGAUGAGUUGGGAUUAUAUUAUAGCUAUGCAUUUUAAAUGAGUUAAUAAGGGAUUAGCUAAGAAGGAUUUACUUAAGACAGUCCAACAUGAUAUCCAUUCAAACCUUAUGAAAGUAACUACAAUAUGCAUAGCUUGGAUUAUCAAAUAUGGAAAACCAAUAGUGAAAACCAAUAAAAUAGAUAAAUGCACAUUUAUGAUACUAACAUUCAUUUCAAACAUUAAUAUCGAUAAAUUUUCUUGACUCGUUUUCCGGUUCAGGUUUUAUUCAGUACCGUUUUCAUCUAUGGAACUUUAAUACAGACUUUUUUCUAUGUAUAAACAAAGUAUUUGUGGCAAAAUAGCUGGAAAAGUCUUGAAGUGAUGCUGACAUUAUAUCUGUGCAUGUUGGAUGCGUGACUUGAUCGAUUUCCCCAGUUUAUCCAAACAUGAUAAUACCGUACCCAGUUUAAGUGCUUUAUAGUUUGUUUGAUUAGAAUUACAUGAAAACAUAUAAAUGUAGUAUAAAGAUAAAAUCGUAUUCUUGCCAUUUUUGUUUUAACUUAAACAACAAUGAAAUUCAAAUGAAAAUGUGUAAGUCGUUUAUUGUGUCAGUAAGUACUUUACCGGCAUAAACUUAUAUCUGGGAAUAUAUA